UCGCUCAGUAGAAAUAAAAGCUUAAAAGUGAAGGUUAAUUGGAUUGUGCCUGAAAAUGGGAUUGCAAUAUAUAAUACAAUAUAUAUAUAUAUAAUAUGUUGCAGAAUGGAAGUUUUGAAUAAGAAGUGGAUAACAAAAUAGCAAUGAGUUGUGUCUCUUCACCCUCUCUUCACCUUAUUAAUCUUCAUUUGGGUUUUGCCAACAACUGCAAUAUGAGAAGAACAAGAAGUGGGUUUUGCAUUUCUAUUUCUCAGGAGAGGAGCACCUUAGAAACAGGAAAGAAACAGCAGAGAAGCAGCAAUUUACGAGAAGCCGGAUUGGAUACAAGAGAAGAAUCCUUCAUUUCCAGAUCUCAUGCAACUCAGCUGGAUAAGCCACCACCAUUGGUUAGUGCAUUGAAGGCAUCAGCUGCACAAAAUGCAGCCAGUUUUCACUUCCCUGGACAUAAUAGAGGGUAUGCUGCACCAACUUCGUUAACGCAGCUUAUUGGAUUGAAACCAUUUAUUCACGACUUACCUGAGCUUCCGGAGCUCGACAACCUUUUCUCACCUGAGGGAUCCAUAUUAGAGGCGCAAAUGCUAGCUUCUAAAUUGUUUGGGUCGCAGGAAACAUGGUUCCUUGUUGGAGGUACUACAUGUGGGAUACAAGCAGCAAUAAUGACAACUUGUUCCCCUGGAGAACAUAUUAUUCUCCCUCGCAAUUCCCACUUAUCAGCCAUAUCAGCUUUAGUAUUAUCUGGAGCUAUACCUAAGUACAUCAUACCUGAGUAUGAUUAUAAUUGGGACAUUGCAGGUGCAGUCACUCCCUCACAGGUGAACAAAGCUAUGAAAGAAUUAGAGAUGGAAGGUCAGAAACCAGCUGCAGUUUUUGUCACUUCCCCUACUUACCAUGGUAUAUGCAGCAACUUGAGUGAAAUUUCACAGGUCUGUCAUUCUCGUGGAGUUCCUCUAAUUGUUGAUGAGGCUCAUGGAGCGCACUUAGGAUUUCAUCCCCAGAUGCCUCGUUCAGCUCUCAAGCAGGAAGCUGAUUUGGUGGUCCAAUCUACUCACAAAGUUCUAUGCUCUCUCACUCAGUCAUCAAUGUUACACAUGUCAGGAAAAAUUGUGAAUAGGGACAGAAUUUGCCGGUGCCUUCAGACCCUUCAAAGCACAAGUCCUAGUUAUCUACUUUUAGCAUCAUUAGAUGCAGCUAGAGCUCAAAUUGAUGAGAACCCAGAAACUAUUUUUAACAAAGCAAUGGAGCUGGCCAUUGAAGCGAAAGAUCUCAUUAAAAGGAUUCCAGGUAUUACUUUGCUAGAGCGACCAAGCCUUGCUGAAUUUUCAGCCAUUGAUCCCUUGCGCCUUACCAUUGGUUUUUGGCAGCUUGGUUUAUCUGGUUAUGAAGCAGAUGAUUAUUUAUAUAGGAAUCAUCAAGUGGUAGCUGAGCUUGUUGGAACCCAGUCUAUUACAUUUGCAUUUAAUCUUGGAACUUGUAAAGAACAUGUUCAGAGGCUAGUGUCAGGACUGAAGGAAUUAGCAGCAUGCUCCUUACAGAGUGGUACCACAGAAGAAAGGCUGAAGGAAGGAGGAUAUCUAUCAUUUGCUGAUGUUAGCAUGAGAUUGAACCCAAGAGAUGCAUUUUUUGCAAAUAAAAGGAGAGUGGAUAUCAGAGAGAGCCUUGGGGAGGUCUGCGGCGAGCUUAUUUGUCCAUAUCCACCAGGGAUCCCUGUGAUGAUUCCUGGUGAGAUUAUUACAGAAGGAGCUUUGGAUUAUUUGCUUGAUGUUAAACGGAAGGGCGCGGUGGUCAGCGGGGCUUCCGAUCCUCUACUCUCUUCCAUUGUCAUCUGUGAUAUGUGACAAAAUGCAGAGAUAUAUGCACUUCUUGUUUUGGCUUCAUGCAGUUCCAAGAGUGCUAUAAAAUGGAAUGGUAAAGGCAAAUGCAUUGAAGACUGUGAAAUAGGCAAUUGGAGGAUUUUAUUACAUGGCAAAGGCCAAUAGAUUAGGAUGUGUUAGUCAAUUUUCUGAUAGUAUCGUUAAAACCACACUUGCAUCACACCCACAUACCAAAAAAGCACAGUUGCAGUUUCACAACAGUUACUUGUGAUAUUAACACCCACAGGGCUUAGCCUUGCGAUAUACUUGAAUAAAAUCUUAAAUUCGACUAA